AUGUUCUUCGCGAAUCUGCCUCCCCGUCUUCCAGCUGAUAUCGGGCGCACCCAGACGGAGAUCAAGUCUACCAACACCUGGUCAAACCAACUUGUCCUUCCCAUUAGGGCCAUUCCUAUCGACAACAAGUCAACCCGACCACCUGCUUCCAGGCCUAUCCUCAUCAAGCCAACCCAACCACGCUUGGACCGCCAGGGGCACCGGGUCUCCGCCCCGGAGCUUUAUGCCCUAAUCAUGUGCAUCCUCGCGAGUUAUCCCUUCCUCUACAUCCUGGUCUUCGCAAUCCCACGGUCACUCUCAUUGGAACCGUGGCGCGACUGGAUGUUCCCAUGCUUCCUCCAUGCUCGCCUCCAACUCUCCCUUCUUCGGCAUCGACCCUUCUGUGAUUACGGCAAGAAGCUCGUGGAGAUCAUAAAGACGAUAGCACGCAACAUCAGGAAGUACCAAAGCGUCAUCAUGGGUUUGAUAAAAUGCUUCGAAUCCCUUCGCAAACUGGGCACGGCCCAUAAGAAGGGCAUGUUUUGGAGCCCUUAUGUUGGACGAUUGACGUGGAUUCAACGUAAACCAGGGUUCCGCAGGCGGACAGGGGAAUAG